CACCCGCCGCCACGCCCCCCAUUUCUGCACUUCAUUUCCUACUUUGCACUGUACACUUGUAUAUCCACUCUGCUCUUGAGAUUAUCACCCUUUAUUUGGAUGUUACAGUAUUACAUGUCCUUGUUCAUUUCACCACUGGAUGUGACAGAAGAAUUCAUCUUACAACAAUGAGGUCAUCUGUGUUAAAGCAACUCCAGGAGGCGGUGGCUUGCAACAGAGACCAAAUAGGCGGCCAACAUCAGAAACUUCAUCUCAGUAAAUCAAUGGCAAUGAUAAGGCCACUUCUUCGACAUGGAACCCUGGGCACUGCACUCAGUCCACCCCAAUUAGAAUUGUGUUUGGAAGCAACUCUCAGGACAGUAGAGGGGAAGCCAACAAUAGCUCAGAAACCUGCAUCUCAACAUGAAAGUGAGACAGUGUAGAACAAAGACGGGCAUCUGACCCUGAGGGAGAGAUGACGCCGGUUACAGGAGGUAUCGUAGUUUUCCCCAACACUUCCUCACUUCAUGUCCUAUACGUCCACCCAGGAAUCUGCAGCAGCACUUAUACUGCUUUCACAGUAAGCUGAUUAAACGAACCAAGAUGAUGAGGACCAGGGUCAUCUUUCUUCUAGCAAGCACCUCACUUCUUACCCUCUGUCAAGCCCAGGAGCUGAGCCUUGAUGACAUGGAGCUGGUGGCCAGAACCACAGACUUUGCUUUUAGUCUGUAUCGCAAGAUUGCCAGCACCAGUGAUGAUAACAUCUUCCUUUCACCACUAACUGCAGCAGCGAGCCUGGCGGCUUUGUCAGGAGGAACCCAGAGCACCACUCGUACAGAACUCCUGGAGGGCCUUGCCCUGUCAUCCCUAGAGCAGGAUGGUCAGGCCAGCCGAAUCCCAGAACUCUUCCAGAAGCUAGAUGACAUCCUUACCCAAGAUGGAGCUUUCCAAUCUGACAGGGCCAUUGCUUUCUUCCUCAGCCAGAAGGUGGAGGUACAGAAAGUCUUCAGUGACCAGUUUAAGAAGUUCUUCAAGGCAGAUUUACCUGAAGUUGACUUCUCAAAUCCCGAGGCCAGCAAAUUCACUAUAAACCAAUACAUCAGGACGCAGACUAGAGGCAAAGUAGCUUCUGAUGUUGGUAAUAUUGAUCCCGAAACCCAGCUGAUGCUCAUCAACACCAUCUUCUUUCAAGUGAAAUGGGACCUCCCAUUCAACUCAAGUUUCACGCAGGAGGAACGCUUUUAUGUGAACAAGUAUAACAUUGCCCAGGUGCCGAUGAUGUUCCGAGCAGACAAGUACUACUUAGCCUAUGACCGCUCCCUGAAACUGGGGGUACUGAAGCUGCCAUGUCAGGGCAAGGUAGCCAUGUUGGUCCUCUUGCCAGACAAGGAUGUUGACUACACUGCUAUUGAUGAGGAACUAACUCCCGAGCGCUUCCGUGGCUGGGUGAAACAGCUCAAGAAAACCAAAUUGGAAGUGCAGCUGCCAAGGUUCAAGCUCGAGCGGAGCUACUCCAUGCAGAAGAUCCUUCCUGACCUUGGCAUUGUUGAUAUUUUUGAGAACAAAGCCGAUCUCUCUGCGCUCAGCAAAGAGGCAAGACUGAAGGUGUCUCAGGUGCUUCUCAAAGGUGGGAUCGAAGCUGACGAGAAAGGUUUAUCGAAUUCUGCAACGAUGGCGAGCAGCAUCACCGAGGUUUCCAUGCCUCCCCGCCUGACCAUCAACAGGCCGUUCCUUUUCCUCAUCUACCAUGAGGUCACCAACAGUCUGUUAUUUAUGGGACGAGUGAUUGACCCCACCAAGAAUUGACCAGGAGAGAGUACUAUACACAGCAAGCAUGCUUCUCACGCAAGAUCUCAUGCUACUGGUUUUGUUUCAGCUGAACCAAACAUAAAAUCCUAUAUACUUUGUGCUGCCUCCCAUAAACCUUCUUGCUUUGGUUUUCUUAGACUGAAGAGAGGAAGUUAUUAACAAGGAAAAUGCAAGAGUCCAUUCAUUAUGCUAAAGCUGAAAUGAAAUUAGAAAGAUUUAUUGACAUUCGAAAGCCAGAACAGCUUUACUCGUGUGUGAAGAUCAAUGUUUAUAACUUUUGGUUGAAGUAGAUCACAUAGAUUGCACCUGAGAUGUUUCAUUCAGAAAAGAAAUUUUAAACCUGGUAUGACUGUAAAAUGGCUGAUAUAGCUGUCCUGACCUAUAAAUUAGAAAUAAAAAGAUGAAAUGCAUGU